AUGGACAGAUCUUGGAUCAAUAGUAGGAGGUUUAGCAAGGAACAUGUGGAUGGGGUGAAGGAGUUCAUGACCUUUGUUUCCGAGAGAUUUAAUGACAAUGAAGAGAUGUUUUGUCCAUGUCGUCGGUGUUUGAAUCGAGUUCGCAAACCUCAAGGACAAGUGCAGGAUGACUUGUAUAUUCAUGGGAUGGCUAGCACUUACACUAGAUGGAUACAUCAUGGAGAACCGUUGGAGGUUAUACUACAUGAAAAUGAGGACCAUGUUGAUGAACAGACUAGUCUCAAUGAGGAUUUUGGCAUGAAUGUGGAUAAAGAAGAUGACCCUGAUGAUGGAAUUCGUGAUAUGGUAGAGGAGUUGUAUACAGCUGAAGAUGAAGGAAAGUUACGUGAACUUGUGGGAACAAAGCCCGUGGUUGCUGCUCGUGAAGAAUCCGACCCAUUGUAUGAACCUAGAGAGGACACUGAACCUGGAGAUAGUGACAUUGAACAAGGAGUAGUUGACAAGAGUCAUUUCUCUAUUGACCCAAGCAAUAAGAAAGCAGUGGAAUACGCAUGCGUUGAUUUGCUUAAAAAAGAACAGCGGAAUAUGAGAUACUUGUUGAAGAAGAAAUACUUUAAUGGCAUACCAGCUAACCAAGUCAGAACCACUUCACCAUUGGGCACUAUGACGGAUGAGCAGUGGAAAGCACUAGUGGACAUGUGGUCUACCCCAAAGCACAAGGAAAAAUGUUUGAAAGCUAAGGAUACCCGUGGGCUAGUAAAGCACCAGCAGAAGACAGGAUCUCGGUCCUAUAUUGCUCAAUGCUAUGUCACGAAGUCUAAAUUUAAGGAUGACCCACCCACUGCAAUUGACUUCUUCAAGGCCACACAUUUCAGCAGCAAAACAGGUUAUAGUGAGGAUGCACAAGAAGCUAUUGCUGAAAUGGAGGCCAUCGCUGCUCAAGCACCAGAAGAAGGGCAAGUUGUAAAGACUCCAACCCAAGUUGUAGCUCAAGUUCUGCCAACCUCAAAAUUUCUUCAAAAUAUUAGCAUUGAGUCUGCAGCAAUGAAGAGAAGUGCUGAAGUUGCUACGCGCGUACAGGAGCUUGAGAGUGAACUAGUUGUUGAGAAGGAAGGAGCAGCAGAAGUUCGAGUUUAG